GUUACGUCAUCACUGUGUGACUGUUGUUUACAGUUGCAUGGCAUGCAGUUGUAGGCAGUUUCCCCCUGUUGUCCGGUCACUGCUGGAGGAUGACCAUGGACAUGACGUUCCUCGGGACGGGCUCGGCCUACCCCUCCCCUCACCGCGGGGCCUCGGCUCUGGUGCUGCGGUCAGAGGGGGACUGCUGGCUGUUCGACUGCGGGGAGGGGACGCAGACCCAGCUGAUGAAGAGCCAGCUCCGAGCCGGUCGGAUCACCAAGGUUUUCAUCUCUCACCUGCACGGGGACCACCUGUUCGGUCUGCCUGGUCUCCUUUGCACUGUGAGCCUCAACACCAACCCCGAGCAGCAAAACCUGAACUGUGUGGACAUCUACGGACCCCGGGGCCUCCGGCACUUUUUAAGGGUGACACUGGGACUCACAGGAUCACAGCUGCUUUUCCCUUAUGCAGUACAUGAGCUGGAGCCCACAGCUGAGCAGAGUCCAGAGGAGGGACAGCUCAGCCUGGAGAUGACAGCGGAGAGCUGUCCUCUGCACCCACAGGAGCAGCCGGGCAGGACCAUCUCGCUGGAUGUCUCCACUGACUCGUACUUCCUCUUUGAAGACAAGAAGUUUGUGGUCAAGGCCUUCAGGUUGUUCCACCGCAUCCCCUCCUUUGGUUUUUGCAUUCAGGAGCAUGAUCGACCGGGAAGACUGAAGACGGAACUCCUAAAGGAACUAGGUGUGAAGCCAGGGCCUCAUUACGGGCGUCUGAAAGCUGGUGAGGCUGUAACCAUGGAGAACGGGCGUGUCAUUCUGCCUCAAGAGGUGCUGGAAGGAAACAUUCCUGGGAGGAAAGUUUGCAUUUUCGGGGACUGCAGCUCAGUGCUUGGUGACGGAGCACUGCUGUUGUGCAAGGGAGCGGACAUUCUGGUCCACGAGGCCACGCUCGGGGACGAGCACCGAGAGAAGGCCGUGGACCACGGACACAGUACUCCUGGGAUGGCAGCAGCAGUGGCUCGGGCGUGCUGUGUGCAGAGGCUGGUGCUGUACCACUUCAGCCAGAGGUACAAACCCUGCUCUCUGCAGAAGGAAGGGGACGAGGACGAAGUCUCAGAGCUCAAGAGACAGGCGGAAGACGCUCUACAGGACACUGGUGUGGAAGUGACCCUGGCUGAGGACUUUCUUACUAUUCCCAUUCCUGUCAGAAGACCAUCAACUACUAAUUGAGAAACUAAUUAACGUACAUUUUUAUAUUGAUUAUCUCCGCUCAAGGCACUAACUAGCUUCAACAGAAUAUGCAGUUUGGUCCUGAGACUGGAGACGAUCACUUUUUGGGUGAUUUUGAAUCUUCUUUCAACCAAUUCACACGGCUUACAUCCAAUGUACUGUUGCUCAGAAAACUAUAUCAUACUGUCAAUAUCAGUUUGGAACUCUUUACAGAAACAAUCCUUCCUUAUUGGUGAAACCUCCUUGGAAUAUUAAAGAACAAGCAAUCAUCUUUUAACUUUUUCCAGAGCUUUAUUUCUGGAUCUGUACACAAGGUAUUAAAGUACAACAGAAAAUACAAAAUAAUGUUUAACAAAAAAAAAAAAAAAAACUCAAUGUUU